AUGGAAAAGGCAGUAGCAGCAGCUCUACCGUUGAAUCCAUUGAGUGAAACCAAAAGUUACACAUAUGAGAAGGCUCUCAAGGAGGCCGGUUUCGGUCGAGCACAGGUGAUAUUGAUGUUCCUGUGCGGAUUUGCCAUGAUGUCCUCCAUCAAUGAGUCGAUGGGAAUGGGGCUGAUAUUGCCGGCCAGUCAGUGCGAUCUGGAACUCGAUUUGAACCGAAAAGGAAUCAUCGGUGGAGUGGUUUUUGUUGGAGUACUGAUAUCCACCCACUUCUGGGGUUACCAGACGGACUUGCGAGGUCGCCGGGCAGUUCUGAGGGUAUCGCUUCUGGCUACGACCGUUUGUUCUUUUGCAACAAGUUUUGUGAAUAGUUUUCACCUGAUGGUGGUGUUACGGUUUCUGGUGGGUCUGUUUGUUUCCGCCUCGGGAUCGGCGGCGAUUGUUUAUCUGGGAGAAUUCUGUCCGAGCAACCGCCGAGGACAAAUGAUCUUGUAUGCGUGUGCCAUUGCAGGAUUUGGAUCUGCCUACGUCGCCGUGAUAGACUGUUGGAUUCUCUCCUAUGAAUGGUCAAUUGUCAUCACCGAAUCAUUCACGAUUCGUCCCUGGCGACUACUGUUUCUACUGAAUGGUCUGCCCGGGUUAAUAUCCGGUCUGGCGUUUUGGUGCUACCCAGAAAGUCCCCGAUUUCUGUUGGCAGAAGGACGGCACGACGAAGCUCUGGAGGUGCUCUGUUGGAUUCAUCAACAGAACAAACAAGCUUCGUUCGCAGUAUAUUCACUUACGACGGAACUCGAUCAGAAGGCAUCAAAUAAAUCUGAUCAGGGAAUCGGUUGGUUUCGUAGAUUUUGUUCUCAGGUCUCACCAUUGUUGGAAACUCGCAAUUCCAUCAAUUUGAUGGUCUGUUGCGUACAAAGUGUUACUCUAUAUGUGACUUACGGUGGUCUUGGCAUGUGGUUUCCUCAGAUCAUGAAUCUCGUCUUCUCAUCUUCCGAAUCUUCUACAGGCGAUCGAAUCUGCUCCAUUCUGCAAUCUAAUUCAACCACCGUCAAAGCAAUUGAAUCCUCAACUUCCAAUGAAUGUGAUGACACUUUUCAGCCGGAAACGUUCAUCUACAGCUUCGCGUUGGGUACGAUGACUGCCUGUAACUCGUUGCUAAACUCUUGCUUCCUCACGUUGUGUAGCGAGAAAACUUUACUCUACAUCAACAUGAUCGUAGCAGGCUGCGCCGGCAUCGCCCUCCAAUACAUCACCCAUAGUUACAGCGUUGCCAUCCUGUUCUGUGUGGAAAUCAACGUAGCAGCCGUGUGCAUCGUUCUCGUUCGUUCGAUGCAGGUGUCACUAUUUCCGACGCAGCUCAGAGCCACCGCCGUGUCACUGACGUCACUGGUCGGACGCAUCGGUCAAAUCAUCGCCAACAUGGUUACCGGGGUGCUCAUCGUUUAUCACUGCACACUGACACUGUAUUUCGUUGCCGGCCUACUGUUCGUCAGUGCAGGGUUGAAUGCUUUGGUACGGCAGCAGUAAGCCGCCGUUUGACGGUUGUUUUAAGCACUCACUAAUAAACGGAAAGUGAAAGCCAUUAAA